AGUCAAAAAGACGAAAAGAUAGAGAGAGAGAGAAUUAGAGAGAGAGAGAGACGUUGAACAAGGAAAAACAAGAAGAAAAGAUAGAGGCGUUUAGAGAGUUCAUUGCACCUGGGUUCUUGUGAGUUCUGAGAAAUUUCUGGUUUCUGUAGAGAGAGAAAGCCCUGUACUCUCGGGCAUUUGUAUAGAGAGAUACUCGUUUAGAGAGAAACUGAGAUUCCUAUGUAAUUGGGGAUUUGAGGUGAGAGAAAAAUCUGAUUUACAAGUUCUUAGAGAGAGAGAGAGAGAGAGAGAGAGAGAGAGAGAGGGAGCUCCAACAUCUUGGGCAUUUGCAGAUAUCUGUGUGUUUAGAGAGAGAUGAAGAUCCUCAAGAGAGCAGCUGACGCCAUGAAAGACAAGCGAAGCAUCUAUAUGGCAAGGGUGAUCAGAAGGCGAGGCCUCACCCACCCUGACCUCGAGGCCGCCAUUAUCAAAGCCACAAGCCACGACUCCUCCUGUAUCGAUUACAAAAACUCACACAGAGUUUUUGCAUGGGCUCGAACCUCCCCUUCCUUUCUCUCUCCUCUCCUCAUCUCUCUCUCUAAAAGGUUGCAAAAAACUCGAAGUUGGGUUGUGGCUCUCAAAGGUUUAUUGCUCAUUCAUGGCGUCUUUUGCUCAAAAUCUCCCUAUCUCAGCAGGAUCGGACGGCUCCCAUUUGAUCUCUCCUCUUUCCAUGACACAUGCAUCAAGUCUUCUCUCUCAUGGGGCCUCAGCGCUUUUGUUCGUGCCUAUUUCUUUUUCCUCGAUGAGAAAUCCUGCUUCCUCAAUGAGUUUUCAUUAGAGAGAGGAAGUGGGUUCUCUGGUUUAGGUGGAGAAAGUGGGUUCUCUGGUUUAGAGAGAGAAAGUGGGUUCUCUGGUUUAGAGAGAGAAAGGGGGAUUUCUGGUGGUGAAAGAGAAAAUGGGGUAGAAGGAGAAACAGAAAUGGAGACAGUUCUUUCAAAAUUACAACGAUCCCAGGCAUUACUAGACCUUCUCCUGCAAAUUAGACCUUAUGGCAAUGGAAUGAACCAGAAACUGGUUUUGGAAGCCAUGGAUUGUGUUGUUAUAGAGAUCUUCGAUGUUUAUAGCAAUAUCUGCAAUGGGGUAGCCAGGGUUUUGAUCGGGAUUUUCGAGGCAAAUAAAAGAGAAGCCUUUUUUGCUCUGAAAAUCCUUAAAAAAGCUUCUGAUCAGAGCACUCAUCUCACUUCAUAUUUCAAUAUUUCCAGAGAGAUGGGUGUUCUGAAUGCCACCGAAUUUCCAAGUGUUGAGAAAAUACCAGAACAGGACAUUCGUGACCUCGAGCAAAUUGUGUAUGGUUUCCCCAUUGAAAACAGCAAUGUGGGUUUCAGAGAUUCAAAUGUGGAGAAGGGGAGAGUAGAGAGAGAAAGAGGAAGAGGAGAAAGAGAAAAGGAGAAGCAGCUGGUGGUUCAUAAUGGAUAUGAAAAUCACAAUGUGGGUUUGAGCACAGGUCCAAAUCUGGAACAUGAGAAGCAGCUGGUGGUUCAUAAUGGAUAUGAAAAUCACAAUGUGGGUUUGAGCACAGGUCCAAAUCUGGAACAUGAGAAGCAGCUGGUGGUUCAUAAUGGAUAUGAAAAUCACAAUGUGGGUUUGAGCACAGGUCCAAAUCUGGAACAUGGGAAGCAAGAGAGAGAAAGGCAAGAGAGAGAAAGACAGGAGAAGCAGUCCAAGACAAUUGUUACACAGAAAUGGGUGGUUUUCAAUGACGAAUUUGCCCAUGCUCCUGAAAUGAUUCAAUUGGGAAAUGGGGUUACUUAUGGUAAUUAUGUUUUGAAUGCAGGCAAUAAGGGGAUUAAAGGGGAUCCUUUUGCUGCUUCUUUGAACAUUUCUCCUCCUCUUUAUUCAAGUAAUGGUGGGAUUUCCAAUUCUAUGGCUUGGCAUGGUAGUGGAUGGAAUCAAAGGAGUUUUAUUAUUCAUUGAAUUAAUACUGAUUAUUGUUUCAUUUGAGUUGGGAUUAUAUACUAAUUGAUUGAUUUGUAUUGGGAUUUUUUGAGAUCAAAUAAGAAAUGGUAUGUAAAGAGGCCCUAAAUGCCAUUUACUAUAGCAAGUAACAUAUGAAAUGGGAUUUUUGAGAUUGAUUGGGAGAUUAAAUAAGAAGUGGUGUGUAAAGUGACCCAAAGUGCCAUUAAUUGUACUCAGUGCAUGGAGAAAAUAUUAGCUUUUGAGGAAAGCUUAUGGA